CUUUUUUCCGGUGUAAACCGGAUGCGGAGUAUUUGUGUGUGUCGCCAUCAGCAACAUGAAUGUGGCUUAAAAUAUUAAAACGAUAGCGUCUUUUGUAUUUUAAUGUGCUGAAUCAUGCAGUUUUAUAGUUACAUGUAGCAUUGGACACAAACAUCAAUAGCCAGAGAUUGUUUAUUUCUUCGGAAAGCCAAAAAUAUCAAGCAAGUUAACCCUAAGGUUGGCUAACAGUGGUUUAAGUAGCGCUAACACUAACGUUAUUACUAAAUGACCGAGGAAACGUCAUUUUUAACACCAGACCGCGGCGUUUUGCCGGUCCGAGGUUUCCGGACAGAGGUGAUACCAGAAAUCGUUUCCAUCUCAUCUGUAUGUCUGAGAAUUUAAGCAGUGAUGAAGAAUGGUGUGUCUACAACCACAACACACACAGGAACACAAAAUGUUGGGAAUGUGGCAAAACGUUCAGCAAACUUGAGACCCUGAUGUCUCAUUACAGAAGCCAUAACAUCCUAGCCACCUGCCACAUCUGCAAUCUUGUUUUCCGGCGCCAGACAUCGCUGUCCACACACCUGGAUAAUGCACACUCUCCGGCCCUGUGCAAAAAGUGCCAUCAGUCGUUCAGCAACGUGUGGGAGUUGAACAAGCAUGCAGAGACACAGUGCUUCAAAACAGAGUCAUUUCAAGAAGCCUCCACUUUGACGUCUACAAUUAUACACGAGAGUCACAACAGCACCAAUUCUUCUGGUGAGGUAACUACACUCCACAGCUCAGUCUCAGGACAGCCUGGCUCGAUGUCAGAGAUGAGGUCACAACAAAAAACUGAGAGGACCUCAAAGAAAUUAGAAUCAUCUGAAAACUCUGUAGAGUUCACAGUGGGAGAGGAUGAUACAGACUUUGACAGUGACUCUGAAGCAUCAGAUGAGUCUGAAACCUCAGACUCUGACAAUUAUGCCAAUGCACCCUCUAAACUUCCUAAGUUAUCCCCAGUUCAUUCGGAAUCUGACAGUGAUUCCAGUACGACAGAUUGUUCAAGUGACUCUUCAAAUAGCGUGGGCACUCAUUCUAAUGUCAAUUUGUCACUAUGUGCUGUGUGUGGUAGAGGGCCAUUUAAGUCACUGAAGCUCCAUAUGUUGCACUGUAGCGGUGUAAAAGUCAAAUAUCAGUGCUUACACUGCAAGAAAGUCUUUCUAACUGAGGCAUCUUUCAAAGAGCACUACAUGCUUUUAUAUUCUUGUAACAUUUGCAACCAAGUUUUCUCUCACGAGUACUUGUACAACUGCCACCAGUGUCCCAAGGACGGCAAAUCACCUUUGGUCCUUUUUUGCUCAGAGACUAUGCCCAAAGUAUGUAACAUAUGCAAAUCCUUUUAUACCUGUGAGAAAGCUUUGUUAAAUCAUGUCACCAGAGCUCACACAUCCGUGGUUAGCACAAAGGUUUGCAUUGUUUCUAAACAGUCAGGUUUGAAAGAGCAAAAUGUUUCAUGUGGAACAGUCCAGUCAGUUACGAGAAGUCCAAACCUAGGCAGUCAGGUGUUUAAUGGAAAGCGUCACGUUAGCCAAACCUAUGCAGGGUCUAGCCCUUCACCUCUGUUGGCACCCUCUUCCAACCCAGGCAGUAGCUCUGGUGUCAUACACCUGGAAUCUAUCAAACCAGGUCUAUCAAAAAAUCAGCCUCUUAGAAAUCCAUCUACUCACUUAUUAAACCCUCCUGGUGCUGUUGAAAAGGUUUCUACCACUACAUCCUCUAAGACGGUCUCCCCGCCUAUGCCCACUAUAAUGGCCAUGUUUGAGAAUGGCAGUCAUGCGUUGGCUUUGAUGAAGCGUAUGAACACUGGCUGGCGCUUCAAGGCCCAGUAUCCUUGCAGACAGUGCGGUGCUAUCUUCCGACAACCCUCCCUCAUCAUCAGCCACCGCUACCUCCACAGAGGCCGCCGCUCGCACCACUGCCAGUGCGGCCGAGCCUUUAAGCACAGGCUGCAUCUCCUACGACACUGUGUUCAACACGCGGAGGCCGUAAGCUACAUCUGCGUCAGCUGUGGAGACACGUUCACAGGAGCACGGCUUUUGGCUGAGCACAUUCAGGGCAAUUCACGGAAAAGAUCCAGCUCUGGAAGUACGUGGAAGGAUAAAGUAAAGCCGGGGUGUGCAGUGCCCUUUACAUGUGACUGUGGACAACUAUUUUUUAGACCCUCUGCUUACAUAUGGCACCAGCUUAAAAACCUGAAAAAAUAAAAAUAAAAAAUGAGCAGCAAGAUGGCUUUAUUAUGGUUUUUAGAUAUUCUCCAGUUUUGUGCACUGGACCCAAAGUGUACAAUCAGAAAGGAACACUUUUAAACGUUCUCAUUAUUUUGUGUUUGACAAAAAUCAUAUCAAACUCACACGCAUUAAUUCUUAACAGCUUUUAGUAAUAAUCUUGUCCUGGACGAUUGUUUUCACCAUGUUUGAAUGCUACUUAUUAAGCCGGCUAGAAUACGUUUCCUUAUGACAACAUCCUACACGAUAACCCACAAGUAACUUUAUUUGAUAUAUUUUUUUAAAUAAAAAUGCAGUUUAUUCUCUGGAGAAAGCAAAAUUGGAAUUGCACUAAUUCCUCUCAAAAAGUGCAUUGCUAUCAUUGACGUUUGUGGGCUUUUGAUUUCUAUUUAUUGUUUCUUUGUUUUUACUGCAAUUUAAUUAAUGUUCUAUGAGAUAUUGGUGUUCACGUGAAAGUAGCAUACAGCGUUUUCGUAGUUCGAAUUUAUCUUCAUGACUUCUACGUUUACAGUCCUGGAUAAUUCUUCUUGGUUGUGUCCAUUAGAUGGAGCUGUUGGGUUGUUGACAACGUUGUAAGAGCAGGUGUAGCUGUCAGAAGUUUUUCUGCAUUUAAUUUUCACAGCUUUAGUUGUAGAUAUUCAUUUCUGAUUUCUUUGGUUGACAAGUAUUGAAUCCCAAAUACAAUAAAAAAUAAUUCCUCCCCACAA